AUGACUUCUCCAUCGACACUCCCUAGGAAACUAUGGGAGCACCCGAAUCCCCAGUCCACCCAGAUGUGGGCGUUCAAGAAGGCAUUGGAAGAACAAAAAGACCUAAACUUCGCAACCUAUGAUGCUCUCUACAAGUGGUCCAUCAACAACCGAGCAGCCUUCUGGGAUUUUGCCUGGAACUACUUCAGCAUCAUCCACGAAGGCACUUACACGUCCGUCGUCGACGAGACAGCUCGAAUCGACAGCGUUCCUGACUGGUUCAAUGGAAUCCGCGUCAACUUCGCCGAGAACAUGCUUUUCACCGCGGAGAAAUCAGCCAACGGCCACUCGAAGAUCACCACCCUCAACAAGGAAGACGGCAAGAUUGCCCUAACGCAAAUCCGCGAGGGUGGAUCUGAGCCAUCUAUCGAUUUUACCUGGGGUCAAUUGAGAGCGAAGACAGGGAAAUUGAUCCAAGCCCUGAAAGCAGCCGGGGUCACCAAAGGAGAUCGGGUGGCCGUUGUCGCUAGCAAUAGCAUCGACACGCUCGUGGUUCUCCUCGCGACGACGGCUCUGGGUGCGCUCUUCUCCUCGACAUCGACCGAUACGGGGAUCAAAGGAAUCCUCGACCGACUGCUUCAGUUGCAGCCGAAAUGGGUCUUUGUGGACGACGCCGCGAUCUACAAUGGAAAACGGAUCGACCUGCGGUCAAAGAUCAAGGACGUCGUCGAUGGUCUUCGAGACGUCCGAGAGUUUGAAGGCGUAGUUUCCAUCCCUCGCUUCGAGCAGCCAGCAGACGUGAGUGGACUGCUCAAGACCCAGCCUCUGUCUCAAUUCCUCUCCAAAGCAUCGUCAGACAAGCUGGAGUUCGUCCGUAUCGGAUUCCGCGACCCCUUCCUGGUCGUGUACUCGUCCGGUACCACCGGGAAACCCAAGCCCAUCGUGCACGGCGUGGGCGGAUAUCUUCUGAACGCGAGCAAAGAAGCACGGCUGCACCGCGACCACGGGCCCAAGUCCACCGUCCUCCAAUACACUACCACCGGCUGGAUCAUGUACCUCUCGGCCAUCGCGGGCCUGACAUUCGGCGGGAAAUCCAUCCUCUACGACGGGAGCCCGUUCCUCCCCGAUGUGAAGUUCCUCAUCCAGCUCCUGGGCGAGCACAAAGUAACUCAUUUCGGCACCUCCCCACGGUACCUCCACGAGCUGCGCAAGCACAACAUUCGACCCCGGGAGAUCACCGACCUGAGCAACUUGUCAAUCGUGACCAGCACCGGCAUGGUCCUCUCGGAGUCCCUGUUCGAAUGGUUCUAUGACGACGGAUUUCCCGCGCACGCUCAACUUGCCAAUAUCUCUGGCGGCACGGAUCUGGCCGCUUGCUUCGGUCUCGAGAACCCGCUCUCGCCUCUAUAUGUCGGUGGAUGCCAGGGACCCAGCCUGGGCAUCCCCAUCGCGGUCUUCGACCAGGCCGAGGAGGGUGCUUCAGGCGUUAAGGGCAGUGAAGUCCCCGACGGCACCCCGGGAGAGAUCGUAGCCACGGCGGCGUUUCCCACCAUGCCGGUGAAAUUCCUCGGCGAAGACGGGGCGCAGAAAUAUUUCGAUUCAUAUUUCGCCCGAUUUGACAACGUCUGGACCCACGGCGACUUCAUCAGCAUCCACCCCGUCACGAAACAGAUCUUCUUCCUCGGCCGCUCCGACGGCGUGCUGAACCCAUCCGGAAUCCGGUUCGGGUCCAGCGAGAUCUACAACGUCCUCGACACGCAGUUUCCCAGUGAAAUCGCAGAUUCGAUCUGCGUGGGACAGCGACGACCGCAGGACAGCGACGAGGCCGUGAUGCUGUUCGUGCUCAUGAGGCCGGGGUUCGAGUUCAGCGCGCAACUGGCGGGGCGCGUCAAAGAGGCGAUUCGAAAGGCGUUGAGCGCGAGACAUGUGCCCAAGUAUGUUUUUGAGACGCCUGAGAUUCCGACGACGGUUAACUUGAAAAAGGUCGAGUUACCGGUGAAGCAGAUUGUAUCUGGGCGGAAGAUCAAGGCGUCCGGGACGUUGCUGAACCCGCAGAGUCUGGAAUUCUACUACCAAUUCGUGGAGGUGGAAAGACUCGUCGAGCCGAAGAGCAAACUCUGA